CUUGACCUGACCCGACCUAACCUACACUCAUACCCCAUCACUCUUACCAAUUCUUCCUCAAGCACCAUCAAAAUGUCCGUUUCCAACAAGACUGUCUUUACCCUCAACAAUGGUGUCAAGAUGCCCGGUGUGGGCUUUGGCACCUUUGCUAACGAGGGCGCCAAGGGCGAGACCUACAAGGCUGUCAUUGCCGCCCUCAAGACCGGCUACCGACACCUCGACUGCGCUUGGUUCUACCUGAACGAGGGCGAGGUUGGCCAGGCCGUCCGUGAUUUCCUCGCCGAGGACAACGGCGUCAAGCGCGAGGAUCUCUUCAUUUGCACAAAGGUCUGGAACCACCUCCACGAGCCUGAGGAGGUCAAGUGGUCAUUCGAGAACUCUCUCAAGAACUUCGGCCUUGACUACAUUGACCUCUUCCUCGUCCACUGGCCUAUCGCUGCCGAGAAGGGCGACGACUACCAGCCCAAGAUCGGCCCUGAUGGCAAGUACGUCAUCAAGAAGGAUCUCACUGAGAACCCCGAGCCCACAUGGCGCGCCAUGGAGGAGAUUUAUGCUAGUGGCAAGGCCCGUGCCAUUGGUGUCUCCAACUGGACUAUCGACGGCCUGAAGCAGCUCAUGGCCUUCGCAAAGGUCAAGCCCGCCGUUAACCAGAUCGAGAUUCAUCCUUUCCUGCCCAACGAGGAUCUCGUCAAGUUCUGCCUCGAGAACGACAUUCUCCCCGCUGCUUACUCUCCCCUCGGUUCCCAGAACCAGGUCCCCACCACUGGUGAGACCGUCCGCUCCAACAAGACCCUUAACGAGGUCGCCGACCGUAGCGGCAACACCCUUGCUCAGGUCCUCAUCGCCUGGGGUCUCCGCCGCGGCUACGCUGUUCUGCCCAAGAGCUCCACUCCCUCUCGCAUUGAGAGCAACUUCCAGAUUCCCAGCCUGUCCGACGAGGACUUUGAGGCUGUCCAGAGCGUUGCCAAGGGGCGACACACCCGUUUUGUCAACAUGAAGGACACCUUUGGCUACAACGUCUGGCCCGAGGAGACUCCCGAGAACGGAACCGCUAUUGCUUAAAGCCGGUUAUGAAGUUAUGAAGCGAUGUAUACCCUAAACAAAGAGCAAGAAAUGUGUAUUAUGGCGUUUUAUUGCGGAAACAAAAGUUUAGUCUAAGAAUUUAUUC